AUGUCCGUUGACGAUUUUAUCCUGGCCACGAAAGAUAGGCCGAUGCGAGCUGAUGUACUGCACCUGUCUCCGCCUUGCCAAUACUUUUCACCGGCUCACACGCACCAGUCUGCGCACGACGACACAAAUAUAUUUGCAAUGUAUGGAUGCCUUGCCCUGGUCGACAAGCUGCGGCCUCGACUCUUUACUCUCGAGCAGACGUUUGGAAUCACUCAUGAACGCCACCGCCAGUAUCUGAGAGCCUUGAUUGGAGACUUUACGCAGCAGGGAUAUUCCGUGAGAUGGAAAGUGGUUCGCCUUUGCACUUGGGGCUUGGCUCAAGAUAGGAAGCGUUUAAUUAUGCUUGCAGCUUCUCCAGGAGAGAAGCUGCCUCCCUUUCCUCAACCUACGCACUCUGAAAAUGGAGUUGGCGGUCUGAAGCCAUAUACCACCAUUCGGAAAGCAAUCAGUCCUAUCCGUGUCGGCGACAAUUUACAUGACCUCAACAAUGUCAAGUAUUUCCAACCGCGCCGACCACCGCUUAACGCAGACGGGUUGGCAGGUACAAUCACAACUGGGGGUAAUGAGGUAUACUACCCCGACGGAACGAGAGACUUUACAGUCCGCGAGUAUGCAUGUAUCCAGGGAUUUCCGAAAUACCAUAGAUUCUUGGGGACGAAGACAUGCAUCAGGAGGCAAAUUGGCAAUGCGUUUCCUCCCAACACGGUUCAGAUGCUGUAUAAGCAUCUAGAGGAGUGGCUUUUGAAGCAGGACGGAAUAACGCGGUACCAACCGAUGGCUGACAGCGUCAUGAUUGUUGAUGACUCCGACUCUGACGACUCCGACGACUCUUUCCGCUGGCAAACAUCAUCAGGAGCAUAUUCGUCUCCCGAGAUGGACGACGAUAUCAUGGAGAUUGACAGCCCGCAAAGUCGCCCUCGAUAUGUUCACCGAAGAGACCAUUGCAUCAUCGAUCUUACAUGA